CAGCUCGCUUGAAAUUAGUAAUGCGCGAGCAUCCGACUAGAACGGUUCGGUGUUUUGAAGAGAUUUCCCGUUUGUGAACGCAUCCACCCUUUGUUCUGUCCCAGCAUCUAAUAUUGUCGGCACACGGCUCAACGAUGGCGUCAUCGAAACCCGUCUCAAUUCCGGAAUGGAUGACGAGCAGUUUUUUUAUUGAUGCGAUCGCCAAAGCGUUCAACACUGCGGCAAGUGAAUUCAGCAUCGAGCAUCUGGACGUUCGACCGGCCACGGAAGCCGGAGACAACUUUGUCUCGAUCAUGUACCGCGUGAAGCUGACGGUGCUGCUGAACGCCGAGCAGGAUCCGAAGAUCGUUUCGCUGAUCGUGAAGGCGCUGCCGCAGUUGGGCCUCUCCGAGGAAAUGAUCACGUCGAUGAACGUCUUCCCGAAGGAGAUGGCCGUGUACACGGAAAUAUUGCCCGCCUUUGAGGCACUGUACAGUGAGCGAGGGGUAAACGUUGCCUUUGGUCCGCGCUGCCUAAAGCACUGCACCGAGCCGACGGACAUUAUCGUAAUGGAGGAUUUGAAGGAUCGCAACUUUCAAAUGGCCGAGCGCCAGAAGGGGCUCGAUCUCGAGCACUGCCACACGUUGCUGCGACGGUUGGCCCAGUUCCAUGCGGCCUCUGCCGUGUACUACGAGCGGAAUGGACCGUACGAUGCGAAGUUUAAGGAGGGAAUGUACGCGGAAAAGAACCGCGCCAUGUUCGAGCAAUUCCAGGUACAUCAUGACCGUUUCAUGUACGAUGUGAUGUGCAAAUGGCCAAACAAUGGGAAACUAUACGCAGAGCUUAUGAAAGGUUGGGGCAUGGACAUGUUUGAUGCGUUGUUACGCAUCACGAAACCUGACCCGGCCAAGUUUAACGUGCUAAACCACGGUGACAUGUGGUGUAACAACAUGAUGUUCCAGUACGACGACAGCAGCAAGAUCAAAGAAAUAACGCUCGUUGACUUCCAGAUGUGCAUGUGGGGCUCCCCGGUAAUUGACCUUCACUAUUUCAUCUUUUCCUCGGUGCGCGCCAACCUGAAACUGCGCGAGCUAGACCACUUGAUCUGUUACUAUUACGAGCAGUUAACCGAGAACUUGACCCUGCUCCAGUACGGCGGUGCGCGUCCCUCACUCCAAGACCUACACUCGGAUUUCACCGAGCGGCAGCUGUACGGGCUCAGUACGGCCUUUUCCGUGUUUCCCAUCUGCGUGAUGGAGAAGACGGAGAAUGCUUCGAUCGAUCUGAUGCUCGACCAGGGCGACGCCGGGACCGCGUUCAAGCAGAAGAUGUACAACGGACCGGCGUACGUCGAGCAGAUGGCUCCGAUCCUGGAGUACUUCUACAACUCCGGCGCAUUCGACAUCAACCAGCAGGGCAGCCAGCGUGCGGCCGAGAUCGAGUGCGAUCACGAACUCCACCUGCCGCUGUGGCUGGAUCGACGUUUUUUCGACGACGUAGUAGCGGCCAAGCUUGGACCGUGCCCGGCCGGCGAGCGACGACACAUCCGUAACGUACGUGUGGAACUUGCCACCAGCAAGGGCGAUAACUACGCAUCGAUGCUGUACCGCGCCAAGGUCGACGUACUUACCCAAGGCACUGGUGUAGUGGAGAGCUUCUCGACGAUUGUAAAAGCACCGCCGAAGGGUGUGCUGGCGGAGCAUACGGCAUAUCUAGCCUUCUCGACUCGCGAGAUACAGAUGUACCGGGAGCUGUUGCCUGCGUUCGAGCGAUUGUACCACGAUAAGGGCGAGACCGUACGCUUCAGCCCACGUUGCUUGAAGGUGUGCGAAGCCAUUCCGGCGGACGUGAUGGUGCUGGAGGAUCUGGCACACAGUGGCAACUACUGCAUGGCGGACCGUCGUGCGGGGUUGGAUCAGCACCAUACCGAGCUGGUGCUAGAGCAGCUGGCCAAAAUGCACGCAAGCUCGGCGGUGUUUGUCGAGCAAGGUAACACCCUUUCGGGUGACUUCAGCGGGCCAAAGGUGAUUGAAAGUCUCAAAACGAUGGGCAAGGAACUGUUUCAACCCAUGCUGGACAGUUUGGUCGAGUUUAUGGCGAGCUGGGACUUUUUGGCGCCCGACCACUACACCGAUCUGAAGGCAGUGGCAAAGGACGCGUUCGAUCAGCUGGCCACCAUUAUCGCCCCACGGGAGGAUCGUUUCAAUGUGCUAAAUCACGGCGAUCUGUGGGUGAACAAUGUGAUGUUUAGCUACGCAUCCGGUGCCACAGACGCACCGACGGCCACCGGCGUUACGCUGCUCGACUUUCAAAUGUGCUGCUGGGCCUCGCCGAUGGUCGAUUUGCACAGUUUCCUGUUCUCCUCCGUUCGGGCGGACCUGAAGCUUUCCCACCUGAACUACUUCCUGCGCUACUAUCAGGAAAAGCUGGCGGACAGUCUGGUGCUGCUCGGGUACCGGAAGCGCAUCCCAACGCUGCAGCAGCUGCUGGUCGACUUUAACGAUCUGCUAAUGUGUGGUUUGGUCAGCGCCCUAUUGGCACUGCCGUUCGCGCUCGUUCCGAACGUGGACGAUGCUUCGCUGGACGCUGUUGUUGAAGGCUCGACCGAGGCUGGACAACGCUUCCAGAAGCAGAUGUUUGACAAUGAGGAGCUGAAGACGCAACUGAAGGUCUUGCUGCCUUACUUCCGCAACCGAGGAGUGCCACGUAAAGGCAAUUUGUAAAUUAGAAAUCUGUAGAGAGUAGAGGAAGCAAUGUAAACACAAG